UUCCAGCCCAUAAAUCCCAAGCCUUUCUUGAAGACGUUGAUCAACAAGCAGGUCAUUGUCAGGCUCAAGUGGAAUAAGACAGAAUACAAAGGAACGUUGAUCUCCAUCGACAACUACAUGAAUUUCCAACUCGACAACACGUACGAAGUGAUAUACGACGGCGAGAGCAAGAAGCAAGAGUUGAUAGGCGAGAUCUUCAUCAGAUGCAACAAUGUGCUCUUUAUCCGCGAAGAC